ACGUACUGUGGUAACGUUUGAGUAUUUGGUUUGAAGUGGGUUAAUUGUACCGGGUUUUCUUUCCAGAUUUACGGCAGGUUGCACUGAUAUAUUGGAUUCUUCAUCUAGCAUUCCCACCCCUACAGGGCUUAGAGAUACAAAAAUCUCCAAUUGAGAUUUUUUUGCGGUUUUCUGUCAAGGAGAAAAGAAAAAAAAAAUACCAGAGCGAAUUUUUAGGAAAAGUGCUGCAAAAAAAAGAGCACCCCCCAUUUGAACACCCCCUGUGAAUUGCACCCCCCAUUUGUCACACAUCUUAUUAGUAAGAGAAUAUUGUAAUGUUCCCAUACACUCCAGAUAGUCCAGAUUCAAUCUAUCACCAGGAAGACAAUGCUACAGCAUGUGAAAUAGCCCCCUCGGUAUGGGUUGGUUCAUAUCUGAAUUGUCUUGGUGAUCAAUUCUUACGAACCAAAAACGUCAAGAUUAUUAUCAAUUGCUCUCCAUCUUACGCAUUUUUCCAUGAAUUGGAAUAUUCAGACGUGUCUAUUCCCUCGGACCUAGUGGUACUUUCACUUGAUCCAAGUUUUAAUAUGGACAGUCACUCGCUGGUCGAGCAAACUUUCCUUAUGAAAACGGUUGCCAAAUUUAAUCGAGUACUUCAAAACUAUAUAACCCAUUUCUAUGUCAACAAUCAAACCCCGGGUUAUGAUGUCAUUCAUAAGCUGAUCAACAAUACCAUGUUACAAGUGGCAAGUCCCAUCUUGGCAGGGAAUUUACAAGCACUGUUAUUCCAAGCCAAUCGGAUUAUCAAGCUUUUACGUAACAUCAAUUCAUCAGUGGAAGUAUUGAUUGUUUCGCGCGAACCAUUUGGUAAUAGACUUACGACUGCACUUGGAGUUUCAUAUUUAAUGGAUAGUUAUGGAUUUGAUCUUCCCACAAGUUUACGUCAUAUUCAAUUACGUGAUCCAAAAUUUUCUCCCCUUAACAUCAAUUACUAUGAAGAUUUAUUAAUUGCAGAAAAUUUAAAGAAAUUCCAUACAGAAAAUUUGGCCAUAAAGCAAAAUUCUGGUGGGGUUUUGACCUCAAAUUUUAAAUUGAAAAGGAGACAACCUGAAGAUUUAGGAGAUGAGGAAGAUGCCAUGGAAAUAGAAAUGAUUAGCAACAAAAAGAGAAGGUGA